AAAUAAAAUAAGCAACCCUUCCAAAAGAGGAAACCCUCAUAACCCUCAUCAUUCACCCCCUCUAGUCUUCCCUUUCCUGAUUUACACCCAUGGCGACUUCAAACAACAACAACAACCCCACCAUUCAACAAGACACCACCACUCCCCCUUGCGACUACUGCAACCACCACAUCGCCGUCAUCUUCUGCCGCGCAGACUCCGCCAAACUCUGCCUAUUCUGCGACCACAUCGUCCACUCCGCCAACACCCUCUCUAGCAAGCACCUCCGCUCCCAGAUCUGCGACGGCUGCCGUUCCGCCCCCGUCUCUGUUCGUUGCUCCACCGAUAACCUUGUUCUGUGUCGUGAUUGCGACUGGGAUGCCCACGGUAGCUGCGCUGUCUCCGCCGCACACGAUCGUACCCCUAUUGAGGGUUUCACCGGAACUCCGUCGCCCGUGGAUUUGGCGGCAAAUUGGGGGUUGGAAUUGGGUUUGGAUCAGAAGAAGAAGAAAAACCCUAAUGACCCGGUUCGUGAUUCGGGUCAAGAUUCGGGUCAAGAUUCGGGUCAGUGGGAGUACCCGGUUUUUGACCCGAAUUCUUGGAUGCAAGAUCUCAUGGUUCCUGAUGAGAAUCAUAAUAACAAUAAUGUGAUGGGUAAUAAUAAUAUUAAUAAUAAUAAUAUUAAUAAUAAUAAUAUUAAUAAUAAUAAUAAUAGUAAUAAUAAUAGUAAUGAUGAUGAUGAUGAUGGUGGAUUUAAGUUUAAGAAGUUGAAUGGGUCAUGUGGGAAGCAGAAAAAUGUGAUCUUGAAGCAGUUGAGUGAGCUUUUGAAGCAAAGUUUGGAGACAUCUGAAGUGCCACGUCAGCAGGGUGAUGAGGAUGAUGAUGAUGAUGAGGGUGAGGAUGAGGUGGAACAUGGGCAUCAACCUUUUACUUCUUUGUUGAUGAUGCAGGGGCCUUUGGAUGUGGAGUUCUUGAAAGAUGAUCAGAGUUUGGAGCAGAAUAUGAUGUGGAGUUCAAGACCGAGAGAACAUCGAGGCACUCAGAUAUGGGAUUUUAACAUGGGCCGAUUAGCUAGUCCCGAUGAAUCUGAUGCAAACAACGAAGGAUUCAUGAUUAAAACAUUUAAUGAAAGUUUAAGCGAAGCAGAGAAAACAGGGUUAGGCGAAAUGUACGGGAUAAAUUACUCCGCAUCCCAUUACGCUAUUUCAGCUUUAAAAAACAACUCAAAUGACAGAAAAGCAAGUUAUGUAACACCAAAUGUGUAUGGCGGUGGUUCAACUGAUAUCCAGUUCACGGAGCAAAACGUGACGGGGGCUGAAAAACUUGCCAUGCCGUUACCGAAAGUUGAUUUAGAGCUUAUGGCAAAAACCAGAGGUGACGCAAUGCUUCGUUACAAGGAGAAGAAGAAAAAUAGAAGAUAUGACAAGCACAUUCGUUACGAGUCAAGGAAGGCAAGAGCCGAUACUAGAAAGCGAGUGAAGGGUCGGUUCGUGAAGGCUAAUAACGAAGAUGGUGCUGGUUAAAUUGGCGUUUUGAGGACAUGUGUAUGUGUAUUUAUGUAGCGUUUGAUCCGUUGAUGAUUGAUUAACAACCGUAGAUGUUUGACAGGACAUUUAGAGGUAUGCAAAAAGAGGAUUUAGGGAUGAUGGUCUUCAAGUUCCUGUACAAUGUACUAAAUUUAUAUUCUUUUGUAUCCCAAAUGUUGUAACUUUUGUUUGUGAUUCUCAUGGCUAAGGUUCAACUUGAAGCUUGA